AUGGCAUCAUCAUUCUACCAUCACUCAACUCAUUCACAAUCUACCAAAUUUUCCAAGCCAUCACCAUGCAUAACUGCAUAUUCCAAUAACAAAUUUACAUCAUUCCCAUUUCAUACUCAUUAUCUAUGCAAACACUACCACAUAUCAUGCAUCCCUCAAAAUCCUAAUGUUCCCCUCAAAGCUACAUCCACAUCCAUUAUCCACUCCUCACUCUCUUCCCUUAACCCACCCAUCUCAAAGGAAGAUGCCAUACUUCAAGCCAAAACAUCCCUUUCAACAGCCUUAAAGAAACCCCUCAACAACCCCAAACUAUUAGGCAAAAUCAAGAAACUGAAACAACCCAAAUUCCGGGUUGAAAUCCCGGUCAUCGACGACUCCCGGGAUUCGCUUUCCAAACUUGCUCUUGAUAUUUUUGGGGACAUUGACAUACCCAUCAAAAGAAAAGAUUCUCCCAUUAAGAUCUUAAUCCUUUGGCCUAAUCCUAGCUUAAAAGAAGCUGCAGUUCUUGCCUUUGAGUCUCAUUCAAGCAACCAAGUUGAACACAUUGACAUUGUUUCAGUUGCCAAAACUGGCCCCACAACGUUGAAUUCUGCUGAUGUGGUGAUAUUUUUGGUGCCAGAGAGUUCUCAAUUGUCAGUGGUGAAAAUGGUGAGUGAUGGGGUUUGUCCAAAGCCAGUGGUUAUGAUGAAUCCAAAAUGGGUAUUUGAGGAAGAGAGUAACUUUGGUGAUCUAAGUGGUUUUGUGAAUUCUUUUGAAGUAGUUUAUUCUUUUAUGGGAUUGGAGGUAAGAGGAUUAUUGAGCAAAAGAAAAGGUGUGAUUUUUAAGUGCGUGAAAGACGGGGUUGUGAGUGGAGAGAGAUGGAAUGUUCUUGUUGAAGAAGGUGAAGAAAUGAAGGUGGUUUCUUCAUUCAAGGUUAGGCCAACCAUUGGUCAAGUUGAGAGUGUUUUGUAUAAUCUGAUGGCUAUCAAUUCACCGAUAACAAAGUCUGCGAAGUUCUUCAAGGGAUUGGUGUCUAAUAUGACAGGGAAAAAGUAA